AAAAGCGGAAGAAGAAGAGAAGUUACGAAACCUGAAAGUAAACAGUGACGCGUUAGUGGAUAUUAAUGUUAACGUAACUCAGUUUACACUAAAUAACAGGGAGAAUUAAUAUCCAGUGCUGUUGUGUGCAGAUAUACAGCGUGUUAACAGCAAACUAAUUACAUUUUAAUCGAAAUUCGGAGGAAAAUCAGUCAGGUUUGGUGUACAAACUGAAAAAAAGACGCUUUUUUUAUCGUCGGUUUUGGAAAAAAAAUUGUAUUUAUUAAUUUAUUUUUAUCGUAUCUUUUUUUUUUUGUUUAAAUCAAGCGCAAUCAUGGAGGAGCAUAACAUCGGGCGGAUUUUAGUUCUUCUUGUCUCUCUGGUGGUUUACAUCGUUGCUUUGGCCAUCAACGCCUUGGCUGGAUCGGGAAGAGGACCGUUUUUGCACAGGACAGGAAACGUGUCCGCUCUGUAUGACACAGAAAUCACUCCCGCGGGUUGGACUUUCUCCAUAUGGGGAAUCAUCUACACCUGGCUUCUGCUGAUGAACGUGUAUCUCUUCAGCUGGGUCUGCAGAUGGACUGCCACCGGAUGGAUGUAUUGCAGUCCUGCUUUUCUUCCUUACGGCUUUUAUCUCUCCUGGACGAUUAACAUGCUCCUGAACAUCACCUGGCUGCUGCUAUGGGACCGAGAGUUGAUGAUUUCAGCACUAGUAUGUUUAGCUCUGAUUGCGUUCACCAGUUACCUCCUGAUCUUCUUCUCCUGUGUCGGUCUGCGAGCUCACGGAGCCUGGCUCAAACAGAACCAUCCCACAGAUCUCCUCUGCAUCUAUGUCCUGGUUCAGAACGGUAUUGCCACUUACGCAACAUGGACGACCGUAGCUACGCUCCUCAACUUGACCGUGGUGUUGGAUAUGACAUCCAUGUCCCCGACGAAUGCGGCCACUGUUUCUCUGUGCAUUCUGCUUUUAGAAGUGGUUGUAUGGUUUGCUGUUGAGAACUUUGUGAUCGAGAAGCACGUGCGCUACAUUCUGACCGUCUACCCCGUCGUCAUCUUCGCGCUGAGUGGAAGCCUGAGCAAACACUACGAUGCAGCAGCUCCAGGCAGAAACGCCGUGUUUUCAGCUGUUCUCCUGGCGCUGGCCUGCGUUUUCUUCACGAUCAGACUUUUUCUGGUGAUUCUGAGGCACCGUACUCGUCCUCUCUUCCAAGAUGGGAAUGCCGAAGGCCUAAUGAAUCCUGACCCCACCCCAGAAGAGUAGCAGCGUGGCUUUACAUUCAGCGGAUGAAACGCCAAAGCCUUUCAAUUCAUUCCGUUCCAAUGUAAAGAAGCGCAGCCUUUAACACUAAUACUUAAUACGCUACGAUGUAUUCGUCAUGCGCGGUAACCGUAUAAACCUGCAACGCCUUUGAUACGUGGCCAAAACGUACAUUCAUACAGUGCCAUGAGAAAAAAGUUUGCUUAGACUGACAUUUUUUGUCAUUUGGUUAGUCGUUGCGAUGAGUAGAAGAGUAACGGAGAGGCCGUGUUUAUAGUCUCGGAUAAUUAAAUGUGAAAUCCAGUAAGCUAAACUAGCGAGUCUAUUCGUGCGAUUAGUGUCAUCACGUGGAUCCACAUCCAUUUUUAUUCACUUGGCAGGACACGCGCGUGUCCAAUCCAAAACUCUAAAUACAGAGCAUGAGGUCUUUGAUUAAGGGUCCGACAAUGGCUCUCCGGCAGUGAGAGGAUUCUCAGUAACCGUAGAAACACGUACAUCGUUCUCUGAGGCCGAACUUUCACUACUUUCUACACUGUUACAUGGGAUCAUGACUGCACUGAUACCAGCUCAUCAUAUUAACUCUAAUCUCUUGAUUAUAAAUCUAAUCUCUUCAAUAUUCAACUGUGUAUUUGUUUACAGAGACUUAAAUAAGGAAUAAAACAUUUCUUGUAUGGGGAGAAAUUUCAAGUUACGGCUCUACAGUUAUAAAGCGCCGACGCUGGAGACUCAUUCCAUAAACGUUAAGUAAAUGUCUCUUUAUAGAAAUCUUCACGUUUUCAACAGUUACACGUUUUUUAAAAUCGAUUUAUCGUUUAUUACGGUAGAAAUGAAAACAUAUUAGAACGUGUUAGAAAAUCAUUCAAAUUAAUCAGCGCUAUCUGAGCAGUCAGAUCUGAGCGUUAUCUCAAAGAGUACUUUGAGAUGAACUUUUGAGGGUUAUUGGUUUGUUUUGUUUUUUUUUUGUAAUAACAAUACUCACAUUAAUAACGUGUGUUUGGAUGCUUUAAUUAAUAUUUUUGAUCUUGCUUUGAACAAUAUUACUUUAUAAAUGUUAAAUAAAAAAUGGAUACAAA